AUGAAGGAAUGUGAGUGCGGGGGGAAUAUGCACACCCACAAAUGUAACGGAAUUGUAAGUGGACGUGAAGCGGAGUUACACAUUCAAGCUGAAGAUUUGAAAGGUUCCUGUCUUGCUGCAAAUAAAAAUGUGCCGAUGUGGGAUCAAGACUUCAAGAGCAUCGAGUUCCGACAGGUGUCGUUGAUGAGGUGUCAGCAGCUACAACCACUGUACGACGAGUACGCGGUUAUUACAGCAGAGAAUGAUGAUGAGGCGUUGUUGAUUGGUCUUGAGAUUGACGAACAUGUCCUUCGCCUUGUCGAGGAUGAUAGCACAGAAAUCGUGUGCAACAUAGGCCGGACGGGAUGA